AUUAUAAUUUUCUUAAAAGCCUAAGAAUUUUGUAAUCACGAUCUUCAAAAAUGUAGCAUUUUAGAAAGUCAGGUAACUUAAAAUCGGUGAUACUUUGUGCUGGUGCACCCAGCAAAAUCUAUUUAUAGGACAGCAUCGAAGAGUAGUCCAUAAGAUUGUAAGAGAGCCAGCCAAGCUGCUCUUUGCGAUGAUGAUGCUUAUCAGCAGCAGAACCUCCAGCAAGGCCAGCAAUCCCCGGCUGUUAAGUCCGCUCGCAGCCUCAGUCUGAGUUUGGAUUGGGAAUCGAGAAGACGUUGAGCUGUGUUUCGGGAAUUAGACGCGUUGGCGAUAAAGAAGGAAAAGCGGCGGCUUCUUUGAAACAUCUGAUAAUACAUAGUCGCGUUUGCAUAUAUAUAUAAUAUAUAUUAUAAAUAUAUAGAUUCCCUUAUAUUACAACACUGAAUCGAAAUCUGUGCGGCAAGUGAAAACCGUCGGGAAAUCUGUGUGAAGCCGAGUGCCACGACCUCGGAAGGAAGCAGCAGGCCAUGAGGCGACUCAAGUGUUCCGUGUUUGUGUAUCUAUUCCUGAUCUUUGACGCCGGCCAUGCCUUCAGCAUCAUUGGCCUCAACAAACAGAUGCUCUACGAGUACGUGGGCAAUGUCCUGGUGGGCGCGAAGCCCCAGGACGAGGGACACGCUGCACCGCCCACCACCGGAUGGAUAGUGCGGGGCAAGCUGACGCUCCAGCGGCAAAGCGAACUGGUCAUGGCUGCAGCGUUGGUCAUCGACGAUGUAACGCUGAACAACUCCGGCGAGAAGUUCCUGCAGAACAAGGAGAUGUACCCGCCCUACAAGCCCUUCAAGAUCGUCCUCACCAAGGAGGGCGCCAUCUCGCAUGUGGUCUUCAAGGAGGCCGAUCCCAUAUGGAGCAUGAACUUCAAGCGGUCCAUUGCGUCGGUGCUGCAGUUCCAGAUGAAGUCCAGCGGGGCAUUCGUCGUGGAUGAGCUUGGCAUUCACGGCACCUGUCGUACGGAGUACUUUGUGUCCAACAGGACCAACUAUAUCUCCAUCCGCAAGACGCCAGAGCUGAAGACCUGCAUUCCUUACUCGGAGGCGGUGCACAUCACCCGGAGCAACGUGCCGCCAAACACUUGUGAGUUCGACCACCAGAAGAGCGUAAUCAUUGGCAACGAGGCUGUGUAUGGAAUGCUGCCGCACAACGAGACGGGAUACUUCCUGAGUAUGGCCCACUCCAAGGGCACCACCCUGAUCCACACCUUCGAGUCGACGGGCGAGGCGCAGUUUAUCAACUCGGAGCUGCUGCUGAACUUUAUCAACGAGACUCCCAUCGACAAUCCCAUCGAUAUUGAAACCUCAAUGGCAGCAGAGCCUUCUCAUUUGGAGUUGCAACCACUGGAUCCCAGUGAUCCCACUGGCGGUCGAAAUCCCCAGCAGCAGGAGACACUGAUUGUACAGGCGGGCGCACUUCUAGACAGCUUGGCCGAGGGUCUCGAGACCACUGAGUUCAAGUUCUCCGAACCAUACGAUUCCACGCUAUCCGAUGUGAUCAAGCUGCUCAGCGAAAUGGACUUUAAUUCGCUGACAAAACUCUACAGGGAGGUGGACAUCGGCACCUCCUACCGCCAGGAGACCAUCCGCAACAUCUUCCACGAGAUCAUUCCGCGCAUCGGAACCAAAGCCUCCGUUUUUCUCACCCACCAUCUUGUGCUGAACAAGUUGACCAAGCCGCAGGUGGCGGUGCAACUGCUCAUUCCCAUGCCCUUCCACAUCUUUGAACUCUCGGCUGAGCUGGUGCAAAAGUGCGAGGGCUUCCUCAAUAUCGGACCAGGUCGUCCGGAUGUGCGGCAGGCCGCGAUCCUCAGCUUCGCCACCCUCGUCCACAAUGUCUAUGUGGCCAAGGGAAUUGACAAGGAGAAGUUCGAGGAGUACGUGCAAAAGUACUUUAACGCCUAUUUAAACGAUCGCGACUUCGACCAGAAGAUGCUGUACUUGCAGGGUCUGAACAACUUGCAGCUGGGCAACGUCGCCAACUAUCUGGAGCCCAUCGUUCAGGAUCCCAAUGAGCACGAGGACCUCAAGUUUCAGGCCGCCUGGACGACUCUUGCCUUGGCAGAUCGGCGAGCAGAGCGGAUAUACGAGGUCUACUGGCCGAUCUUUGAGUCGCGCAACGCCAGCUUGGAGCUUCGAGUUGCCGCCGUAACCCUGCUACUGAUCUCCAAUCCUACGGCUGCCCGUCUGAUCAGCAUCCAUCGCAUCAUCCAGAGCGAAACGGACCCCCAUAUGAUCAACUACUACAGGACAACGGUGACGAGCAUUUCCGAGACAACUUAUCCCUGCUACCAACACUUACGCCGCCUUCUGUCCUAUAUGCACCGUCACCUGCCCAAGAAACCGGAGCCACGCUACUGGGUCACAGGUAACUACAUCUUCGACUAUCGGGACUCCAAGUUCGGAAUUGGCGCAAUGAUGCAGGUCUUCCUUGUGGGCGAUCCCAAGUCGGAUAUGCCAGUGGUGGCAUUUUUCAAGUUCGACACCGAAGCUCUGGGCAAAUUCACGGGUCAGCUGGCGCUGUACAUCAAGGCACGUGGUCUGCCGGACACCAUCCUGAACAAGAUGCAGUCGCGCAACAGCAGCGAUCCGUUCACCUUCAAGAGCCUCAAGACACUCCUGGCCAUGCUGCAGGCUCCGAUCAUCAACUCGAAGGACCUGCACCUGGAGUUCAUCCUGCAGAUGGAGGGCAAGACGGUGCUGUCUUACUACCUCAACCAGCGGAUGUUCCAGCAGCUGACCUACGACAACAUUUUGGAGCGAAUGCAGCAGAUCAUCCGGACGGACAGCCACAUCAACAUGCAGACGGUGCGAUGGCCGUUCAUGAAUCGCUACUCCGUGCCCACUGUACUGGGCACCUCCUCCGAUGUCCUGCUGCAGACCACCGUGCUGACCUCGCUGCGUGGCAACAUCACGGAGCAGCGCAGUUCGCCGAUAACCAAGCACACGCUGGAGAUCGACGCUCGGUACUCGUCAUACGCCUCGGUGCGCAGUCGCAGCUACAACCCGUUCCUCAACCUGGACCAUGAGAUCAACCGGGAGCAGGGCUUCCUCAUCUACAUCCCCUUCAGCAGUGAGCUGCAUCUGAACGAGAGCGGCAGCAAGUGCAGGCGCUACUCCUUCUCCAGGCCACAGAACCUGACCAGCGGUCUGUCCUUCAAGUCGCGCUCGGUGACCAGGACCAGGGGUCUGAUCACCAAGACAGCGACAGUGCCCUUCGAGGAGAUUAUGCUGCCCGAAAGGCGAAACGAUGUGGUGCAACUCUUUAGCUAUACAAUGCCGGAUUUGGGAGUGCGUCUGGGCAUGAGCACGAAUCUCAACGAGCUUAUCAAGUACAGAGGAAUGCUACUCAAGUCAGAAUUUACAGAGAAUGGCUUCUCCGGCAACAUGGUGGUCAGCGCCUUAAUGUACAUAUUCGGCUUUACUCAGCUCAGUUCCAUCCACCUGGGCCACGAUCGGAACUUUACCAUGCUCAUGUACAACGAAAAGGCCACCAGAAUCGAGGGCAACUUCUGUACCGAGGAUGUGCUGAAGACGGCGGAUCUUAUGGGCAAGCAGAUUGGCCUAACGUUGGAGCACACAGACCACAUGGAAGAAGCCCACGUUGUGAACGGAACACACCAAACGGAUGCUCUCCACAGGUGGAACAUCACCGUGGACGUGCAGGCUUCGACCAAAUCCAACUGGUUUAAGGUGACCGGCCAAAUUCAGCGCAAUUCCAAGGACGAUGAAGACGACUGGAAGGCCUGCACCAAGUUGACCUAUGAACCGCUGGUGUUCACCAAGCGACCCCACACUCUCAAUGGCAACGUGGCGUUCGGUUUGGCCACGGAGGAGGGCGAGUGCCCGGAGAAGGGCUCCACUGUGCAAUUUGCGGCUAGAGCUGGGCCCUCAGAGCACGCCCGUGCCUUCCUGCGCUCCAACAAGAUCUCACUGACGGACACCGACUUCUGUCCCAAGGAGGUGCUCAAGUUCUCGCCCAUUCCCACGUCCAAGUAUUGCAAGCGCAGCAACUUUGAGAACUUUACCUCUAUAACGCAGUACGACAUGGACCUGAAGUUUAAUAAUAUGCCCGCCUGGUUUGAACUGUGGUCCAACAGAUUGGACCAUCUGGUCUCCGCCUUAUCCGCCGACAAAGUGGACAGUCUGCACAUGAGUCAAGAGAUUAAUAUCUCAAUGCACACGCCUCAAGACCAGUUCCGGUUGGCUGUCGAAGUUAACGGAGCCAAGUGGCGCUUCCAUCAAAUCCCCUUCCUGUACAAACUGGACUCCAAGUUCGAUGCCUCCCACGAGCUCACCUACGUUUCGGGACUCAAACGUUCCUGCUCAGUGAUAAAUGGUCUGAUCAAUACCUUCGACGAUUACUUAGUUGAUCUGCGAGACUAUGCUGUGCAACCGGAAUGCCUCACCCUCCUGGUGGCCGACUGUUCGCCCACGCCAAAGAUGGCAGUCUUCGUAAUCCCAUCACCUGCGGAAGGACCCGGAAACUACGGCUUGCGCGUCCACAUCGGGCAGUUCUACUUCAAUUUUUACCCCCGAACAGACAACAGCAGCCAGCCUUCGGACAAGCCAGUGAUCAUAUAUUUCAACCCGGACCAAACGCCGCACGAUUUGCGCCAGAAGCCAUUCCAGUGGCCCUUCGCAACCAGUGACUAUGAUUUCCGCGUGGAACUGAACGAACAGAAUAUAUUGAUUGUGGAGUGCACGCAGCUGGAUUCGACCAUCCAGUUUGACCUGUACAACAUCCUUAACUUUGAGAUCUACGGCGUUUACAAGCACCAGAUGUGCGGGCUCUGUAGCCAGCCACUCAACCUCAUGCAAAACUACACGAUCUGCGAGCAUCAGGAGAGCACUCCGACGCCCGUUCCGCUGCAGAAUUCCUCCAACGUAGCUGUAGUUGCAUAAGUUUAAUGUGUGAGUUUAUUCUAAAAUAAAAGAGAAGUGGAGCCCAGCGGAGGGAGAACAUGCAA